AUGGGUUGUUGUUACUCAUUGCCUUCAACUGUAGAUCCUAUUCAAGACCAGACGACCGAUGCAUCUUCCGAACCCAGAAACGGCAGAAGAGAAGAUCCACCAUUAACAAAAUUCUCUUUCUACGAUCUCAAGAUGGCCACCAGAUAUUUUAGUCCCGAAAACAUUGUUACGGAGCAUGGCUCCGAUAUCGUCUUCAAGGGUCGUUUGCAAAAUGGUAGCGUCAUCGCUGUCAAGAGAUUUAAUAGCACGGUUUGGCGUGACCCUAACCUAUUUGUGGAAGAGGCACAAAGAGUUGGGAGUUUAAGACAUAAGAGAAUCGUCAAUUUGAUUGGAUAUUGUUGUGAUGGAGAUAAAAGGCUUCUUGUCGCAGAUUUCAUGCCAAAUGAUACUCUUGCUAAGCGUUUAUUUCAGCGGAAGCAUCAAACCAUGGAUUGGCCUACGAGGUUGAGAGUAGCCUAUGGUGUAGCUGAGGCAUUGUGUUAUUGCAAUACGGCAGGCUUUGCUUCGUACAAUAAUCUAAGUGCUUACAAGGUUCUAUUUGAUGAGGAUGGAAAUGCAUGUCUUUCUUGUUUCGGCUUGGUGAAGAAGAUCAAUGAUGAUCAAAGAACAACAACAGGAAGUGUGAACCCUCAUAAUAUGACAUACAGAUUUGGUACUAUCCUUGUGAAUCUGAUAAGUGGAAAGCAAAUUCCUCCAAGCCAUGCUCCUGAGAUGAUACAUCGAAAGACUCUUGUUCAGUUGAUGGAUCCAUACCUGAAGGGGAGGUUCUCCAUGGAUGAAGCUACCGCAGUUCUCAAUCUCGCCAUUCAAUGUUUGCAGCACGAGGAUCAAGAGAGUCCCAACACAAGAGAGAUUGUUGCAGAGCUUGAAACCUUGCUAACUAGAGCAGAAGCUCCCUCUGAUGAAGUGAUUGAAACGACAACGCAACAAGAGGAGGUAUCAUCAUCAACUCGUAUUUCGCCACUAGGAGAGGCUUGUUCGAGAAUGGACCUUGCAUCUAUUCAUAAAAUCAUGGUGUCGACAGCAUAUGACGAUGACAAGGAUUUCAUCGAGUUAUCUUUCGAAGAAUGGAUACAAGAGGUGAAAGAACUUCAAGAUGUACGUAAACAAGGUGAUCAAGCCUUUGUAGAGCAAGACUUUAAACCCGCCAUCGACUGUUAUUCUCAGUUCAUUGAGGCUAGGUCAAUGGUGUACCCAAGUGUUUAUGCAAGGCGUAGUCUAUGCUAUCUAUUCUGCAAUGAGCCAGAUAAAGCCCUCCUUGAUGGGAUGACUGCACAAAGUGUGUACCCUGAUUGGCCAACCGCCUUCUACUUGCAGUCUGUGGCCUUAGCCAAACUCAACAUGAACAUUGACUCUACUAAUACUUUGAAAGAAGCAGCUAUUCUUGAAGCAAAGAGAAAGCACCAGUGA